UCGUAAACGGUGGAGAUAGAAAGAACUAGCAAAGAGGCAAACCAAUGAAGGUCCGGUGAUCGCGAGAGGAAGGAGACUGCGGACCUGAUGUUCCAACGAGUGUGAGACAAAUAUCGCCAAGUGGGUUACAGAGAUAGACAUUAUCAAGGCCGUUUCUGGCAACCGUGGCCUGUUCUACUGCUGUUAUUUUGUUGCAAUAUUUCAGUGAUGCAAUCACAGGGCAGCACUUCCUCCCAGCCCUCUGUUGAUUCGCUGAGCUCCAGUGACAGCUACCUGUUCAACCACUCUGAGCAGGCGGAGGAUGACACUGACGUCUUCCUGUCUGAACGCACCCCCGCCGUCAUCCUCGGCACUGGGGGCAUGGUCAGGGGCAACGGGAGUGCCGGGGCAGAGAGUCCCGAGUCCCAGUGGGCGUGUGACGGCUUCACUGACCGCGAGGAGGAGGAGUCACGGGGUUCAGAGGUCACUGGAGAUCACCCCAGGGUCACAGCUGAGAGACAGAGAACAAGCGAGACGGAGAAAGAGAAGACAGAGGGAGACCUGCUCUUUGCCCAGAAGUGUGCUGAGCUGCAGGGAUUUGUAAGGCCCCUACUGGAGCUGCUGAAUGGACUGAAGGGGGCGAUUUGACCGUGGUCUGAGUAGUUUCCAGCAGAGUGCAGCCAUGGACCGCAUCCAGAGGAUCGUAGGGGUCUUACGGAGACCCAGCAUCGGGGAAAAGUAUAUGAACACUCUUCUCCAGGUGGAGACGAUGCUGAAGAUGUGGUUUCCACAGGUGUCCCCCUUGGCCCCACCCACUGCCCCUACCCUCUUCCCCCUUCACCUAUCCCCCCGGGACAGCCCCAGCAGCACCCCCCCACACAGGCACAGAGACCAGUCGCACAUCCCUGUGAAGAAGCGCAGACUGAGUUGGUCAGACACAGACUCUGACACCCCUCCUCCUGUACUCUUUAAGAGGCUCAACGCCGGUGGAGGAGAGGAGAGGAGGAAGGAGGGGGGAGACGUCCCCUCGGCAACUUCAGGGGUACCCCCACACCCCCAGGACCCCACCAGCAACCAAGAGAAUGAGAGAGAGGAAGAUGAGGACAGCAAAGAGAGAGAGGGAGAGUCAUCAAGCAACAAAGCGGGGCUCUGUUCUGAGCCCGGUCCCACCUCGGUCCUUGUAGUGCCCAUCCUUUCUCCCUGGAAACCAAUUGAGGGGAAACAGCUGCUGCCUGUCAUGCCACCUCCCACCACCAGGGGCGGUCCAGCCAUGCAGGACAGCGUAAUCUCUUCCACCACACCCUUCAACAACCUCCAAAGCCAGCAGCAGCCAAUCGGGUGCCAAAGCCAGCCUGUUGCCGGGAAGACUGGGAAAAAGACUGUAAAGACCUGUCAGGGGCGGGUCCAGGCUCAUUCAAUCACGGCAAAGCCUUUGAAAAGGGGGGAGUGUAAGAGCAGGGUUAACCCCGCCCCUUUAUAGACCUGAUGCACUGAGCACACUCCGCCCAGCAGGCUAGUGUGACUACGUCAACAUGCUAAAGCUGCUGUGAUAGGGAGAGUCAGGGCUAGAAAUGGGCUGCAGUGCAAACACUUUAUGUUUAGCCCCUCAGCCCUCAGCCCUCGCACCAGCCACUCUCCCUUGGGGGAAUCCCCUUUGAAACCGGAUGCAGUUUGAUUGCCAUCUUAAGUGGAGGUCCAAUUCACUAACGUUGCCCCCUCGGCCCUCGAUUUAGCUCGAGGGAGCGAGUGAAGAACUUUGAUCACUUGCGGGGUUUAUAUGACCCACAAUUCAAUGCAAAUUGUAGUCAUGUAUCAUACUCCGGUGGCCGCGAAAUUCACAUUCACUCAUCACGGCUGCAUUUUUGGCCUGUCAGACAAAAUGAUGAUUCUAGCUUGCUAUAUGGAUAACUGUAGCUAGCCAGCUAUGGAUAACUGUAGCUAGCCAGCUAUGGAUAACUGUAGCUAGCCAGCUAUGGAUAACUGUUGCUAGCCAGCUAUGGAUAACUGUAGCGAGCCAGCUAUGGAUAACUGUAGCGAGCCAGCUAUGGAUAACUGUUGCUAGCCAGCUAUGGAUAACUGUAGCUAGCCAGCUAUGGAGAAAUGUAGCUAGUCAGCUAUGGAGAAAUGUAGCUAGCCAGCUAUGGAUAACUGUAGCUAGCCAGCUAUGGAGAACUGUUGCUAGCCAGCUAUGGAGAACUGUUGCUAGCCAGCUAUGGAUAACUGUAGCUAGCCAGCUAUGGAUAACUGUAGCUAGCCAGCUAUGGAUAACUGUAGCUAGCCAGCUAUGGAUAACUGUAGCUAGCCAGCUAUGGAUAACUGUAGCUAGCUAGCUACGUUAGCUUGCUAGAUACAUAAAUAGCUGUGGGUUGGUUGUUUUUAAGCUCAACUUCCAGAUUUCCACUCAGGACGUUGCCUCCGAUCAUCACACUCUCAUUAGAAUUUGGACUGCAGCCAUGGUUUUAGGUGCUGAUGAGUUUCCUUAAUGAUGGAUCUUUUGCAACUACCUAAACGCAAUUAGGACCAUUAAUGAAAAUGAUAUCUGAGAGACUACAGUUAUUACUACAUGAGGACAGAAUGUGUCCUUGUGAAUCAUAAUCACAGUUCAACAACAAUCAGAUGUUUUUGCACAAAUAGUGGUUGUAGAUUGGAAGGUUGGUCAGCACCUCUUAAAGCCCAUCGCUUGUUUAUAGAAUAUUGGAUCUCUGAUUGACCGAAUGCUAUACUCUCUUACUCCACUUAAGAAAAGGUAAAUGCCACUAUGCAAACUUAAUCGAAACACUGUUGGCUUAGGGAUAUUUGGGUUUCAGGUGGGUGGAGGUGAGAUGUGACGAGGAGAGGAUGGUUAGAAGGACAGGUGAAAUAAGAUUUGGGGAUUAAGGAUAGUUAUAUUCCUGGAAUGAUAUUCCUGGAAUCUCCUCAGAGAUGAUGCUUCCAGUGAAUAACAGCAGACAGACAGUUCAAUAGACAGAGGCAUUACGGAUAGAAGUGAGGAAUAAUCAUUAGACUACUGAAUGACCUCUAGAGCUGAAUAACAGCAGACAGACAGUUCAAUAGACAGAGGCAUUACGGAUAGAAGUGAGGAAUAAUCAUUAGACUACUGAAUGACCUCUAGAGCUGAAUAACAGCAGACAGACAGUUCAAUAGAUCGAGGCAUUACGGAUAGAAGUGAGGAAUAAUCAUUAGACUACUGAAUGACCUCUAGAGCUGAAUAACUGCAGACAGACAGUUCAAUAGACAGAGGCAUUACGGAUAGAAGUGAGGAAUAAUCAUUAGACUACUGAAUGACCUCUAGAGCUGAAUAACAGCAGACAGACAGUUCAAUAGACAGAGGCAUUACGGAUAGAAGUGAGGAAUAAUCAUUAGACUACUGAAUGACCUCUAGAGCUGAAUAACAGCAGACAGACAGUUCAAUAGACAGAGGCAUUACGGAUAGAAGUGAGGAAUAAUCAUUAGACUACUGAAUGACCUCUAGAGCU